AGCGAGGGGAGAGAGAGCGAUUGAGUGUGUGUGAGAGAGAGAGAGAGAGAGAGGGAGCUUAAGCAUGAGAGGAGAGGAGUGAGGAUGGAUCAAACGCGCACUAUCCUCGCAUGACAAUGAUGACGACCACUUUAUACUCCAAGACCUAAUAUUAUUUUUUCACUUCACGUUUCAGGAUAACGGUACACAACAACCGCAAACUUUAUGAAAUGCAGUGACGUGACGAGAAAGUAACGGUUCUCUUCACCAAAACUACAUCAAACUCUUAAAAUACAACGGAUAUUAAAACACAUAUAUAUAUGUAUAGUGUUACCUUCAUUGUUUCACAACUCAUUUAUCGUGCUUCAUAACCCCCCGCGUAACUUUUUUGGAUGGUUUUGGGACAGAUGACAGAGAGAUGACGGAUUUAUUUUGAAAAACUGCUUAAUAUAUCUUUGAAUCCCAAAAUGGAAUCGUCGCUUAUGUACCUGUUUUUAUCGUUGACGUUACCUGGAGUUAUUUGGCGUGCGUCUUCGAAUCCCUCGCUGAACAAUCUCCAACCCGCUCUGAGCCAAUCCAGUUCAAAUGGUGGGAGAGUAGCGAGCAGGCACAGGUAUCGUACGUACCGGAGGCCCAGGUACAAGGUGGCCUAUAAGAUGGUGACAGAGAUGGAGUGGAAGUGUUGUCAUGGUUACUCCGGGGAUGACUGCUAUGAUGGUCCAACGGGGACCGGGGACAGCCAGGUCACAGCGGGACGACCUCACGUCACACAGACCGGAUACAACAAUGGAGCUGGGCAGAAGGGAGGAGAGGGUGACAAUGACAAGAUGAGACAGAUGGAGGAGACUAUUCAGAGGUUGACCAAGGACCUCCGUGACAUACAGUCCACCAUGACGGGCAUGAACCUGAGGCUCCAAGACGGAACUAAGAGGCCAGGCCUGAAUGGAGACAGGACCCCUGCAGACGCAGCCAAGCCUAUGAAAGAGACCAUCCACUACAUUCAGACCAAACUUGACCAACUGGACAAUCGCACGCAGGUCCACGACCAGACCCUGCUGUCCAUCAACAACCAUUUGGUCAAUGGUGACAGAGGUUCCCGCGGAAACGAGCUAGACGGGGCUGUCACAGGCAAGAUGGACGCCAUGAAGGAGGAGAUCCUCCGCGAGCUGGAGAGGAGGGUCAGUCUGUCGUGCUCCUCCUGCCAGAGCGGGGUGGAGGACAUGAGGAAACAGCAGAAGAGUGACCAGGAGAGGAUCAGUGCUCUGGAGAAGUUGCUGAGUUCCAUGGAGCAACACUAUCGCCACAACAUGGACGUCACCAGGAGGGAGAUGGACCGUACACAGGGCUGCUGCAACACCGUCACAGAGAUGGACAGGAGGCUGACCACCACGGAGGGGAAGUUUAACGCCACAGCACAAGGCUAUGAUGUUAUCAAAGAGCGCCUGGACAAGGAGCUGGGUGGUGGGUCGGGUGAAGGAGGAGGAGGAGGUGAGAAAGGAGGGAGGAUGAAGGUGACGGAGGAGAAGUUGAACAGUCGACUGAGGGAGGUGGAGAGGAGGCUGAACAACACGAUGAGGAAGACCGAGCAGAAGUUCACCAACACAGGAAACAACAUGAAGGACAACCUGCAGAGAGAGGUCACCACCAUCCGUAACAUAGUCCUCAGCCACAUGGAUGACCACGGCUACAGGAUAGGCAAGGUGGAGCUGGACCUCACAGUCCUGACGGACACGGUUACUGACCACAGCCGACGACUGGGUCAACUAGAGAACACAACAAACUUUAUCGACACCAAACUGUCGCGGACAGUGGACAUGUGCUCCGAGACCUGCGGCCCCAACGGGAAAGGCCGUAAGACAGAAGACAUGGUCAAGACCCUGGAGUGGAGAGUAGUGGCCAACAAGGAGGACAUCCAGAAGUUUGAUACCAGACUCAAGGACCUAUCGCUGACUGGCGACUCUAUAAUAGACAGAGUGGUGGAGCUCAGCAACGACGUUAAGAAGAUCAAAGGAUUGACGGGGGAGGACGGCGAGCGCUUCAAUCAGAUAGUCACGGAGGUGGAGACGCUGGGGCGGAGCGUGGACGACUGCUCCAUCUGUAGCACAGUAGAACGAGACCUGCAGUCGUUCACCAACAGCACCAACAGCGCCAUCGGGAGGUGCCAAGCGGAACUGACCAACCUGCGCAACAGGUUUGACUCUGAGGACUCUUCUUGUUCCCAGCUGUGCUCCAACCUGCAGGAGGAAGUGGGGAGGCUGAAGGAGGAAGUGGGGAGGCUGAAGGAGGAAGUGGAGGAGUGCACAGGGAACUGUAAGACCGGCCUGACGGACCUAAAGAAAAACCUGGACGGACAUACGACCCUCCACGGACGGUUGGGGACGGACCUGAAAUCCAUCCAGGGGGAACUAUCCAAGUUCACCAUCAGGUUUACUACCCUGAAUGACUCUGUGAACGGGCUAGGUCAUACAGUCCAGAGGCAUGGCAACACCAUCACAGACCUGGGCUCUACCAAGGAUAACAUCAUGUCUGAGUUGGACCAUGUGCAGACAGAGCUGGACGAGCACGUCAAGGACACCAGGGGGCGCUUCACUGACCUGGGUCGUGAGAUAAAGACCAUCACCAGUCAAUACGUGACGGAGAUUGGGGAGUGUUGGCGGUCCGGGGACGGGCUGGACAAGAGGCUUUCCAAGAUGGAGGAUGUCUGUGGCCGGCUGGAUGGUGUCUCCAACAGCCUGGCCAAGAUCAAGGAGGGGCUGAACAGACACGUGUCAGGGCUGUGGAACUGUGUCAACACGCUCAACUCUACGGUCAUCUUCCACGACGAGUCCAUCGACAACAUCCAGCACGUCCAGCUUCCAGAUGUUCACUCUGACAUCAACAGGCUCAACACCUCUGUCCUCAACGUCCUCGAGGAGUUCCACAGCUUUAAACAACAGGACUUUGUUGGUUCCCCUGGUCUGCCCGGUCCGAGAGGAGAGAGGGGCUACUCUGGACUCCCCGGGCCAAAGGGACCCCAAGGAAGAGAAGGGCCCCAAGGCAAACCUGGCAAAGAGGGGCCCCUGGGACCUCCAGGUCUGAGAGGUGAAGAAGGUCCAGCAGGAUCAGACUCCCACGUUCCUCGUCUGUCCUUCUCAGCAGCUCUGACCCGCCCUCAGGCCAGGGCUGGAACCAUAGUCUUCAACAAGAUCUUUGUCAACGAGAAGGAUGUCUAUAACCCAGGCACAGGUUAUUUCACAGCCCCAGUGAGUGGUAGAUACUUCUUCAGCGCUACCCUGACAGGCCAUAAGAAUGUGAAGCUUGAGGCUGUCCUAUCUAAGUCUAACUACGGAGUGGCGCGUGGGGACUCUGCAGGCUACCAACCAGAGGGACUGGAGAAACCCAUGGCGGAGGCCAGACACACGCCCGGAGCCCUGGCUGUUUUCAACAUCAUCCUCCCUAUGAAGGUGGGAGAUACCGUCUGUAUCGACCUGGUCACCGGGAAACUAGCCCACUCCUCAGAACCCCUCACCAUCUUCAGCGGGAUGCUGCUGUAUGAGACCGUCUGAUUGGGCUAGACUGUCAGUGUGAGGCCUUCUGAUUGGCUGAUCUGAAGGAGAGGGAUGAGUCUAAUUGGUGCUUACAGAGACAAACAACAUUGUCUUGAGAUCAACAAUUGAAUCAAACUAGCAAGAGAUAUACCUUCAUGAAUGAUAUAGAAGAAAGGAAUCAGGAAUCCCACUGGGCACAGAAGUCCAUUCAAAGUCUAUUCCACGUUGGUUCAAUGUAAUUACAUUGAAAUGACGUGGAAACAUCCGCUGUGUUCCCAGUGGGAUUAUACAUCCAUUUCUUUUUCAUUCAUUUCCUUUUUUGAAAGAGAUGCCACUGCAGGGGUUUUUAUGUUCUAAUAUUUUAACAGUUUGUUCAACACUAUCAACUUUAAUGUUUCACUUAUUUUCAUAAGCUGGCCUUGAGGUCUCACACAUAUUCUUUAACGUCAAAGCAAACUAUAGUAUAUUUUUGAAAGGAUCACAAAAUAAUGCAAAGUAUUUUUUGUUCCAUGUAGACUGAUACGCCAACAAAUACGACUGGGAUGGUUUAUGUUCUAGAAUCUGUUUAUUGCACACAUUCUAUGUCAAAGUGGUUCCGAACUAUUUUGUAUACGCAGUCUAAAUUACUCACACUAUCUAUUUCACGGGUGCAAACAGAUUGAAGAGAAAUGCAACAAUAAGCACAUUUUCCUCAAGUAACAAAGCAAUUUCAGGGUGUGGGGAGCAGACCAGCAACAAACAAAGUUACGCUGGUGUCCAUUCUGACUUUUGUUCUAGAACUCAAACAGAAAAAGAACAUUUUGAGGAACAUUCCAUUAAUUUGUUCUAGAACUCAAACAGAAAAAGAACAUUUUGAGGAAAAUUCCAUUAAUUUGUUCUAGAACUCAAACAGAAAAAGAACAUUUUGAGGAACAUUCCAUUAAUAUAUCCAAGGACUCAAGAGAAAGAUUUCUUCUCAGAAUCUCUAAUGUAGCCAUAAGGGUCAUAUAAACUUGGUGAAGGUCGAGGGUUCAACUGUAAAACCUGUGUCCUCUCUGUUUCUCUGUCAACCAUAUUCAGAGCCACAGAUAACACUGAUGAGGAGGGUACACAUCCCUCUAUCCCUCCAUGAAUUUAAACCUCAGCCAAGAAACCAUGUGCCUGGUCAAAAGUAGUGUACUAAGUAGGGAAUAGGGUGCCAUUUGGGACGAAGGCCAUGUUUCCUGUGUCCUUCCUCACUAGGCUGAUUAACAUGCCUUUCCUUUCUCAAAGUAUUUGAACUCAGUCCGAUACAGUACAGUACAGGAAGACCCUCUAGUGGAAUGUUCAUAUGUUGACACUAUCGAGGAACAUUAUCAUCAGAAAUUACAUUUACGGCUCUGUCCCCAAUGAUAUCCUAUUCUAACUAUAGUACACUACUUUGGACCAAGUGCACACAAAAAUAAUAAAAAUAAUAAUAUAUAUAUUAUUAUUUAUUUUAUUAUAAUUUUUUAUUUUUUGUGCACUUGGUCCAAAGUAGUGUACUAUAGUUAGAAUAGGAUACUAUAAAUAAAAUGGGUGCCUUUUCAGAUGCACAUUGUAUUUUAUCGUGCCAUAUGUUGCCAGAAUUUCCCAAAGCCUUGAACCAGCCCGUUUGGAAAUGCAAUUGACUUUGUAAUAUGUGUUUUUUGUUGUUGUAUGCGUUGAUGUACAACCUCAAUAGUUUGUAAAUAUUUGUAUGUAUAUUUUUGGGUCAUAUAUUAGUAAUUUGUUGUGACUGUAUGUUUUAGAUUUUUUUUCAAUUUUUAAUUAGGUUUGUGUUUUUGUUUUGUUUGCCACAUGUGACUCCAAUACAGAUCACUUUUCCACAUGUAGUCUUAACUCUCGCUAUUAAUAAUAUCAAUAAUAAUAAUAAGGAAAGCAAAGAUGUGAUCUUUGACCUUCACAUUAACACAAAAAUAUAUAAAAAAUACACUGAACCAAAAUAUAAAAUGUAACACGCAACAAACUCUAAGAUUUUACUGAGUUUACAGUUCAUAUUAGGAUAUCAAUCUAUUUAAAUUAAUUCAUUAGGCCUUAAUCUAUGGAUUUCACAUGACUGGGAAUACAGAUAUGCAUCUGUUGGUCACUGAUACCUUAAAGAAAAGGUAGGGGUGUGGAUCAGAAGACCAGUCAGUAUCUGGUCUGACCACCAUUUUGCCUCAUGCAGAGCGACACAUCUCCUUCACGUAGAGUUGAUCAGGCUGUUGAUUGUGGAAUGUUGUCCCACUCCUCUUCAAUGGCUGUGCGAAGUUGCUGGAUAUUGGCGGGAACUGGAACACGCUGUCAUACUCGUCGAUCCAGAGCAUCCCAAACAUGCUCAAUGGGGUGACAUGUCUGGUGAGUAUGCAGGCCAUGGAAGAACUGGGACAUUUUCAGCUUCCAGGUAUUGUGUACAGAUCCUUGAGACAUGGGGCUGUGAAUUAACAUGCUGAAACAUGAGGUGGAUGAAUGGCUCGACAACGGGCCCCAGGAUCUCGUCCCGGUAUCUCUGUGCAUUCAAAUUGCCAUCAAUAAAAUGCCAUUGUGUUUGUUGUCCAUAGUUUAUGCCCAUAGCAUAACCCCACUGCCACCAAGGAGCACUCUGUUCACAACAUUGACAUCAGCAAACCACUCACCCACACGACGCCAAACCACUCACCCACACAACGCCAAACCACUCACCCACAAGACGCCAAACCACUCACCCACACAACGCCAAACCACUCACCCACACGACGCCAAACCACUCACCCACACGACGCCAAACCACUCACCCACACGACGCCAAACCACUUACCCACACGACGCGAUACCACUCACCCACACAACGCGAUACCACUCACCCACACAACGCCAAACCACUCACCCACACGACGCCAAACCACUCACCCACACGACGCCAAACCACUCACCCACACGACGCCAAACCACUCACCCACACAACGCCAUACCACUCACCCACACAACGCGAUACCAUUCACCCACACGACGUCAAACCACUCACCCACACAACGCCAUACCACUCACCCACACAACGCCAUACCACUCACCCACAUGAUGCCAUACCACUCACCCACACAACGCGAUACCACUCACCCACACAACGCCAUACCACUCACCCACACGACGCCAUACACAGUCUGCCAUCUGUCCAGUACAAUUUAAACGUGUAUUCAUCCUUGAAGAGCCAGCAUUCCAGUGGCCACCAAAGGUCAGCAUUUACCCACUGAAGUCAGUUACGACACCGAACUCCAGUCAGGUCAAGACCCCGGUGAGGACGACGAGCAUGAAGAUGAGCUUCCCUGAGAUGGUGUCUGACAGUUUGUGCAGAAAUUCUUUGGUUGUGCUGUUUCAUCAGCUGUCCGGGUAGCUGGUCUCAGACCAUCCCGCAGGUGAAGAAGCUGGAUGUGGAGGUCCUGGGCUGGUGUGGUUACACCUGGUCUGCGAUUCUGAGGCCGGUUGGACGUACUGCCAAAUUCUAUAAAACAACAGAGGCGGCAUAUGGUAGAGAAAUUAACAUUCAAUUAUCUGGCAACAGCUCUGGUGGACAAUGCUGCAUUCUGCAUGCCAAUUGUACUCUCCCUCAAAACUUGAGUCUGUGUCAUUGUGUUGUGUGACAAAACUGCACAUUUUAGAGUGGCCUUUUUAUUGUCCCCAGCACAAGGUGCACCUGUGUAAUAAUCAUGCCGUUUAAUCAGCUUCUUGACAUGCCACACCUGCCAGGUGAAUGGAUUAUCUUGGAAAAUGGAGAAAUGCUCACUAACAGGGAUGUAAACAAAUUUGUGCACAACAUUUGAGAGAAAUCAACUUCUGUGUGCGUAUGGAAUAUUUCUGGGAUCUUUUAUUUCAGCUCAUGAAACACUUUCCUUAUUUUCUGGACGUCUGGUGUAUUCGAGUUCAGGAGGAUGGAAUCUGUCUUCAUAAUGGGAUGUUUUUUGGGAUGCAUCCUUCACGAAGCAACCUAAUCUGUGGUUUACAAAGUAUUCAGAGAAUGUCCAGCCUCUGUAUAUUUUCUCAUUCAUCACUAUAAAGGGCUUGUCAAAAACUCUCA